AUGGUCUUAGCCGAUGUGCUUAAGCGAUGGCAGAAAAUCAAUGGCAAGGAAGCAUAUCUUUGCACAGGUACCGAUGAACAUGGCAUGAAGAUUCAACAAGCUGCUCUGAAGGAGGGAAUGCCACCCAAGGAGUUUUGCGAUGACAACUCCAACAAGUUCAAGGGUCUGGCUGAACACUCUCACAUCUCCCACGACUUCUUCAUCCGAACUACCGACCAAGACCACAAAGAUGUUGUGCAGGAGUUUUGGCAGCUUCUGAAAGCUCGUGCGCCCGAAGGAUUGGGCUUAUACAAAGGAAAGCAUGACGGCUGGUACUGUGUUAGCGAUGAGUGCUUCUAUCCCGAGGACCUUGUCCAGCCUGGCGUCGUGCCGCAGACAGGUCGCAAGAUCAUGAUCAGCAAGGAGUCGGGCAACGAAGUCGAGUGGGUCACAGAAGAGACCUGGUUCUUCCCCUUGUCCAAGUACAAGGAGAAGCUACUCAAAUUCUAUGAUGAGAACCCUGAUUGGAUUCAACCAGUUACCCGUAUGAAUGAAGUACGGAAUUGGGUUGAAAAUCACCUGGAGGAUCUCUCAGUUACUCGCCCGGCGUCAAGACUAACCUGGGGAAUCUCAGACCCUGACGAACCUGGCAACACCAUUUAUGUUUGGGUUGAUGCCCUUGUCAACUAUCUGACCAAGGCUGGAUUUGGUUCCAAGUGGCACGUUGGCGAUCCCGACACAGGUAUCUGGCCGGCAGAUGUCCAUGUUAUUGGCAAGGACAUCAUCCGCUUCCACGCAAUCUACUGGCCUGCUCUCCUCAUGGCUGCUGGCCUUCCCCUACCGAAGAAGAUUCUCUGUCAUAACCACUGGACCAUGUCCAAUCGAAAGAUGUCCAAGUCCCUCGGAAAUGUCGUCAAUCCAUUCUCUGCCCUACAGCGAUGGAACGUCGAUCCCCUCCGGUACUUCCUCAUGAGAAACGGCAGCUUCAAAGGAGACAUGAGCUAUGCUAACGAAACCAUCAUGGCUAUCUACGAAAAGGAGCUACAAGCUAACAUUGGAAACUUGUUCAGCCGCAUAGCUCGCAGCAAGGUUAGCAACUGGUCAACCCAACAGUCACUCGAGGCUGCCCGAAGGGGCGAUUUCGACAACAUUGCUAGCUUUGUGCCUCAGAGAUCCGAUGAGCCGGACCAGACUGACUUUCUGGGUCUCGAGUCAACCUUGGACCGCGCUCCUGAUGAGAUCCGACAAGACAUGGAUGAAACCAACCUCAGCAAUGCUCUACAAGGCAUCUUCAGACUUCUUCAAAAUACCAACCGCUUCAUCACUGAUACCGCGCCCUGGAAUAUCGCGAAGGAGACAGACCCAGAUGCACAAGUCCGUCUCGAUUGGGUCAUCUACCGAUGCGCCGAGGCACUACGCAUCGCAGGCAUCUUCCUACAGCCCGUCAUGCCUUCAAGAGCUGCUGAGCUGCUGGAUGGCCUAGGCGUUAAACAAGAGAGGCGUACAGUCGACUACGCUUGUAAAAAUGCUGAUCUUGAAUAUGGCGCGAAGCCUGUUCCCAAGGAAGGCUGGGUACCCAACGCUUUCCAGUCUCUGUUUCCACCCGUUGCGGGUAUUGAGCUGCCAGAUGAGGAGGCCGUAAUUGAUACCGACAAUUCAAAAGAGCGCCAGUCCGGGGCCCCGAAAACAAAAAGGAUGAAGAAUCGAUUGGGUCGUGUGGUGCAAUCCUUGACUAACAAGGCCCAACCCUAUGGAGUUGACAACGUCACUAAGAGCUCGACAAGAUAA